AGUCAUGCGACAGGUGUGACUCGGUCAACUCGCUGUGGUGGCUGUGAGCCUCAUGUCACACCUCUGUGACGUGUACUGAUAUUUUGCAGGACAGCAAGCAUGCACGCGCUGCUGCUCUCUCUGCUGUACAUCUCUGCCUUCGCCUCAGGAGCAAAUCCUGCUCCCCCUGGCGGGUGCACGGAAGGGAAGCAUCAGGUCUGCAUCCAAAAUGCAACAUGUAUCAACAACGUCUGUGUGUGCAAUGCUGGCUUGAAAGGCGAUGGUCGCUUUGAAUGUGUCAAAACAGACGAGCACGUGUGUCAAGUGGCAGCCGACCCGCGCAUGCGCGCCUUUGAAGGCUCCAGAGCUCGCAUUUUCUUUCCUUGUAAAUAUCGUCUGACACGGUUCAUGACCAGCUUCCGCAAUUCAAAGUCCAGGCUGAGGUUCUGCGAGUUCGAGGCUUUCAGCUUCAACAAGGUUGUUGAUGGACUUCACUUUGUGGGCGGACUUGAGGUUAAAGUGUUUAUCUACGACAGUGGAGUUCAGCAAUCAUAUCAGAGAGACUUCCUCAAGUUUGAUAUCGACUCAGCUGGAAUACAUAGCGAUGACAGUCUCCUCCGAUGGGGCACCUCAUCAUCUUCUAUGCUCUUUCACGGAGUCGGAGUCGUAUGUAAGUUUGACAAAAUCGAGAAAUUCGCCAUCUUGGAAAUCGAGGAAUGUGGAGUUCGCUUCAAGUUCCGGGCUCACAACCCCAGAGAGCCUCCCAACAAGCAGAGACUCAUGCCAGGACUGUCCAUCCAAGCACCCGCCAGCGCCAGCUUCAGCACCAAUGAUGAAUUUGAGAGCAUUCCGUUCUUUUCCUUAUGUGGUCGGACAUUUGGAGAUGGCGACAACAACACCAUCUUCAACAACCACAGAAUCAACAUCUUGGGUUUAAUAAACGGCAUCAGGUCAUGCUGUACUUCAUUCUGGCGCAGAAACUUGUUCAGACUCUAAUAGAUAAAACCGGCCGAGCUGCUCCCCUACUCCAGGGAGUGCACCGACGCCAUGACCCUGUUCGAGCAUUGCCCUAACAAAACUUCCGCCGUUCGCGCCUGCAGUGGUGUGGUGAAAAACAAGGUGACUGUGAAAUGUUUGGGACAGAAUCUGAUGGCAGCUUUCAACAAAUGUCUGGCCAAUGUGUGCGGAGGAAACCUGUGCAAGUACAACAUUAAGGCAGAGACCGGAUGCCACGUACCACUUACCUUGCAGCGAGAAAAAAGAGAACAAAGAUGUCCCGGGUCUUAAGAUAUUCAUUUAAAUUCGUUACCUAGAAACGAUCUUGAAAAUGUGAAACAAUUUAGUUUCCCUGAUGCAAUGACAUGUUAAGAUGGACUUAAGGACAAAUCUGUUGUUUUAAUGUUUCGCUUCGUUCUUUGGAAAUACUUACCAUGCAGUAACAGAAUAAAACAGUUGUCAACAAA